UGUGAUUGAGUAUACAUAGCAGUACAUUUCAUCUUUAGAAAAAUUAAGAUUUUCCAGAAUAAGUCGAAAUCUUUGUUUUAUUAUGAAUAUUUAACAUUUAUGAAAAAACCCAAAACCAUUGCCAUUGUACAGAGCCAAAGAGAUGGCAACACGAUUGCCUAGCAAAUACAUUUGUCAAUAUAAUGUCAAUUUGCAGGCCACAACAAAAAAAGAAAAACUUUUUUUCUGUUCUGGCUUCCAUUUAUUCUACGAAUACAAACAGUUUCAUGUUCAGAAUGACGGGAAAACAUAUUUUCUAGAUAUUUUUUUAAUGGAAUUUGUGUUUAUCGAACAUACGAAAUGGAUAAAUUGACUUCAAUUAGUGCGGGACUGUUUAUGGCUGCCGAUGUUUGCGCAAUCGUUAGUCUUGCUAUGCCAGAUUGGAUAGUCACGAGUGUUGGAGGAGAAACUCGGCUUGGUUUAAUGUGGACUUGUAUGACCCUCUACAAUCGACCUCAGGUGUGUUUCACACCUGAAUUGCAACCGGAGUGGUUAAUCGCUCUCAUAUGUAUUUUUGUGGGUUGCAUCUGCAUUACGACUACAAUCAUUCUACUAGCGUCCAGUAAUUGGGAUCGCAACGUAAUCCCCUAUGCCCGAUGGGUCGGGUUUACAGCAAUGGUUCUGUUCUGCCUAGCUGCUGUAAUUUUCCCACUCGGUUUCCAUGUUGACGAAAUUGGUGGCCAGCCGUACCAUCUGCCACAUUCGCAUCAGGUCGGAAUCUCGUACAUUAUGUUCGUACUGGCCUUAUGGAUUACCGUCAUUUCGGAGUUGUUUGCGGAAAAGGUUUGCUUGCCACAAUUUUAAGAGCGAACCUUUUCCGAUUGCUAAAACAAUGCAAACAGUAUUUUGUCUAUUAUUGUCCAGAGUUUUCAAUCAAUCUAUGGAAUUGAUCAAUUUUCCAUAUCUAUAAAUUUAGGGUUUCGUUAGACUUUGAUUAAGGAAUUAAACGUGUGAUAUUAUUUAUA